ACUUCUGUUCGCUUUUAGAGUAUAAUGGAGCUAUUUUGUUAUAGAGACUAUACGCUGAACUGAAUGUUCUGAAGCAAUUUACCAAACUAAAUUUAUUUAUUGUCAAGACCCCGUCUGAAAAACAUUUAUACAGGGGUAUACUCAGUCUUUCUGUUGCAUCUCCAUUGCAGUGAUCCUCUCAUAGUGCAAAGAUAACUUGGUUUAGGAUGCCUACAACUUAAACAGCUCUGAAAUGAUGCGCAAUCUCCGUUACGUAAUGAGGCUAUGGUUGAAGAAAACAUGGUGUCAGCAGGUUUUACAAACGAGAGAUCUUUCUGUAGCAGAUGCAGUAAAUGCUUUAAGACCAUUUUACUUUGCUGUUCAUCCAGAUUUUUUUGGUCAGCAUCCAAGAGAAAGGGAAAUUAAUGAAAAUUCCCUCAAGAGAUUAAAUGGUUAUUUAGAAAGUCUUCAAAAGCCAAACAUUAGGAAUCCUAAACCAACACAGCUUACUUUUUAUGUAAGGCAGACUGAUGAAAGUGGUUUUGGAAGACAUCUUGGUUCUUCAGGGUUUCGAACAGUCAGUUUCACAUUGCGUACUAGAGACCUUCAGGAUACUAUACUAAAUAUUCUGAAUUCCUGUAGCCUACCCACUGAACAUGUACAGAAUUUCAAAGCUGGUGUAGAUUCACCACAGCUGCAAGGAACACAAAGCAUAUUUUACAGACCCAUUAAAUGGGACAAGACAUAUUAUUCGUUUACUGGAUUUAGAGAUCCUGAAGAAGAGUUGGAAGAAGCUCGCAAAGUGGAGCCUACAUUGAACACUUGGCUAGAACAAAAUGAGGCUACUGCCACGAAGAAGCUAAAAGACAGCCUUCCUCUCCGCGAAGAGUUGGAACUGUUAAAAAGCAAGUUGUGUGACCAGUUACACCUUAAUGAUAUUAGGUGGCAAAGAAGCUGGGGAAUUUCUCAUCGCUGUAGCCAGCUUCACAGCUUGAGUCGUCUUUCGCAACAAAGCCCAGAAAUUCUAAAGAAUGUUAAAGGACGUAUAAUAAUAUUUACUGACCAGUCUGGACUGAGUGCAUCAGGCCAUGUGAUGCUGGGAACAACAGAUGUCCAUCACCAGUGGGCUAAAGUCUUUGAAAAAUUACCAAGUUACUAUGGACUUCAGAGACAAAUGUUAUCACUGGAAGAUCGAACAAGCCAUCUCUUGGGAGGCAUGCAAAUAGUCUUCAUUGAGGAGUUACAGCCAUUGUUUUCCAUUGAAGAGUAUUAUAGCAUUCUCAGCACCUUCUAUAACAGAAUUUGUAAUAAUCGACUUUCCUUUCAUCCUCGGAGUCUUCGUGGGUUAGAGAUGGUUCUUGAAAAAGAUCGGUAUGCUCCCAGUCUGCAUGAAUUGGGCCAUUUUAUUAUUCCUUUUAAGUGUGACCCCAUCACCUUCCAGACAUUUGUUCUUACCAAAACCCAAGAAGCAAGAGAAAACUUGAAAAAGAAAGAAGAGUUGAAAGCAAGAGAAAAUGAACUUACUGCUGCUUGUACCAGUACGCUGUCUUUAAAGAAGCUUUACAAGGAACCUAGUGUUUCCAGUACACAAAUGAUACACUGCUGUGAACGAUUACUAGAUAAGCCAUUCCCAUACCUACAGGGGAUGCACCUUUGUGUUUCACAUUUCUAUUCGGUGCUGCAGGAUGGAGACCUGUGCAUUCCAUGGAAAUGGAAAAAUUAAAACAGUUAUGUGAUUGGAAGAUAUGGACUUCAUAAUGUUUUGGACUGAAACCGAAGCUGCACUGUAGCUGAAAGCAGUAAAGCUGGUCUCAGUAUGGAAAAAAGUUGCAUUUAAGUCAAGUUGUUUUGAAACACCAGUCACUUUCAGCUAUCAGAAUGUUACACGUUCUUUGUAACUCUUUACUUUUGUCUCCCAUGGAGCUGUUUUAUUUGGCUGAGAUGUAGGUACAGUCUUCAGGUAAUUAUCUGUUUUGUCCAUUUAUUAACACCCACACCUACUUGUACACCUGAAUUACCCAGAUCUCCUGUUUUCUCCUCUCUCCUACCAUGGCAGUAUCGGGGAAGGAUGAGCAUUUCUUAUCUCCUUUAGAAUUCAGGUCUAGUCAGUGGUUAUAGAAUAGUUUCACUUGUUAUAGAAGAUACAGAGGCUUUUCUUGUCCAUAUUACCUAUCUUUAUUUGUUCUUCUAAAGAUGUUCUCCCUAAUCGAUACCUGUGCUGUGACUUGGAGAUAGCAUGCACUGCAACAUCUGUCCAUAAAAAGUGAGGGAUGUGUUAUACAGCAGCUAAGCAGUAUUCCUCCAGCACAUGCCUAUACAUUCCUCUGUCUUGGACAGAAGUGUUGCAUACAAAUGGUUGGUUAUUUUUCUCAGCUUGACAUAGAUGACUUUGGUAUUUUCUCAGGUCCAGAUCACUGACUGGCCUGGAAUGGGUUCAGUACUUCAGAUUCUCUACCACUGGUCAUUCAUAAUCUGUAAUUGUAAAGGUAUGAGUAUUAUGCUCCACUGUUAUUGAGUGUUAUUGGUUGAAUUAUAAAGACUAAAAGAUGAGUAGAAUUUUUGAAUUAUUAAUUGUUUUCUGAAGAGAUGUUUAUUUUUAAUUAACUUUAUUGUAUUGAACAAAGUGCAAAUAAAACAUAAUUUUGAA